AUGCCCCCUCUAGCUAACUCAGAAGGCAUCAAGGACUCUGCCUUGCAAGACACUGACUCUUGGGAUUUGGGACAUACAGAAAGGCUACUUACUCCCUUGGUGCUUGUGCCCUUCCUGAACUUCACAAUGAUCCAGUGCAACAUGGCACAUGCUUUCCUGGACUAUUACUUGGAAGAUGAGGACAAGAUAACCCAGACCCUGAAGGAAAGAGCAGCCGUAAGAGGAUGUGAAAAGGCUUCUUCGAAUUCUGCGAUCUGCUCUUCAGUCAACUGGUCAGCCACUCUAUAUGAAGCCCCACAGAUUGCCUUACGUAGUGGAAUUAUGCUGAGAGAAUGUAUUCGACAUGAAUCGCUUACCAAAAUCAUCCUCUUUUCUAAUCAAUUCAGAGAUUUUUUUAAGUAUGUGGAGUUGUCAACAUGUGAUAUUGCUUCAGAUGCCUUUGCUACUUUUAAGGAUUUACUAACUCGACAUAAAGUGCUGGUAGCAGAAUUCUUAGAACAAAAUUAUGACACUAUUUUUGAAGACUAUGAGAAAUUGCUUCAGUCUGAGAAUUAUGUGACUAAGAGACAAUCUUUAAAGCUUCUAGGUGAACUGAUCCUGGACAGACACAACUUUGCCAUUAUGACAAAGUAAAUCAGCAAGCCAGAGAACCUCAAAGUGAUGAUGAACCUCCUUCGAGAUAAAAGUGCCAGCAUUCAGUUUGAGGCCUUUCAUGUCUUUAAGGUGUUUGUAGCCAGUCCUCACAAAACACAGCCUAUUGUGGAGAUUUUGGUAAAAAAUCAACCCAAACUCAUUGAAUUUCUCAGCAGCUUUCAAAAAGAAAGGAUGGACGAUGAGCAGUUCAUUGAUGAGAAGAACUACCUGAUUAAACAGAUUCAAGACUUGAAGAAAACAACCCCUUGAAGUCUCACCAAGAUUCCUGCCAUAGUUACUAUUUCAUUUGUUUAGUUUGUACAAAAAGUGUCAUGUCAUUUCAUCAAGUAAUCACUGUGGGAAGGCUUUUGAGUUGCCUGUUUUUUCUGUUUUUAGGGUAGAUGGAAUAUAAAUAUUUGAAUGAAAAAAAUUAACCUAGAAUAAUAUAUUCAUUUUAAUUAAGUAUGUGACAUUGAUAAAAGCAUUUGUAACCCUUUGUUGAUGAAAGGCAUGAGGGCCAUUCACUUGCAGACCUGAGCGUAAGUCCCUAUGAGCCCCUAAGGAGGAGCCCAGAUGAUGGGUUACAGAGUCCUCAAACAGGAUUAAAUUCUCAAAGGAGUGCUGGGUUUGGGGGCAGAAGGCACAAAGACUAUUUUACUUGUCUGCACUUAGACAAAUUCUUAAGGCACUGAAAGACCUGAGAAAAUAAGAUCAUGUUUUCUUGUUCACUGUCCCACAUUCCAUGCCUAGAGAUGUCCUCAGCAUACCUGACUCCUGGCACACCUCUAACUCCCCACUGAGGUAGGGAUAGCACAGAACCAAGGAUUUACAAUGCGGGGAGAGGCAUAGAGGACCCACGUGGUAUGACCUGCUUACUUGAGAACUUGGAACAGAUGGUUAAGAAUCACAGUUGCUAGCUAUAGUUAUUGAUCUUUCACACUGACUUCUAUAGCAUUCAUGAAUAUUUGGAAUAUUUCAUUCAUAAUUGUUAUUACAAGAAAAAUAUUUUGUGGUGAAAGUAUGUUUUAAAGUAGUAAUAACUACAUUAGGAUGCCUACCUAGUAUGUACAAAACCAUGGGUCCAGAGAGUUGCACAGGUCUUUAAAUUGCCUUUAUAAAUAAAGGAACAUUGCCAUUAGAAGGGCAGGUGACUAAAUACAUGAAAGUAUUAUCAAAUGUUUAAAAAAUAUCUGUUCACUUUAUUUUCUAAUAAGCUGUCAUUCCUCCCAUUAAAGUCUUUGGUGAAAAGGUAUAAUAGAAAAACUGUAAAAUGUUAGUCCCAAAUACUCUCUUGCAUACUAGGAUUAUUAAGGAGUUAAUUUGUGGUUUUUUAAAAAAAAGUCAUGAAACAACAAAAAAGGUUAUGGUUUGUUUUCAGAUAUCAAGUAUGUAAAAUGGCAUUUUAAAGCUAUACUUACAACACAUUAAAUGAACAAUUGUUAAACUGUAUUUGUUUUCAAAGUUAUCUUUCCAAAUCAUGAGUUAUUGCUUUCCAUGGGAACCUUCACUUCUUACAAUAUUGGGACUAAUAUUGUUCAACCACAUGAUUUUCCACCUAGAGAAGGAAAGAUCCCUGUCCAGAGAUCCUUCUCCAGGAUGAAUGCCCUGUCUAGAUUUUGCAUCUAAAGAAUUAUCUGGUCGGGUUUCAUCCUUUUUCCCUGGGGCACAAAUGGCCCAGCCAAAAUAUUCUCUGUAUUCGUUAGUGUCCAGCAUGGACUCCUGAGGCAAAUGGUGUCAGACCUGUGGGAUCUUCUAGCAGCUCUGGCCAAUGCUAGCAUGGGUGGGUCAGCCAACAGUCCAUCUAAUAACCUUCGUUCUUUAGUCACUGAAAUCUGAGUUCUUUCAUAACAUUCCCAGACAGUCCAAAGUCUCUAAGCAUUUGACUUUUAUGGUUUUACUUAUUUGAUUAAAAGAGAUGAGUGUAAAUAUAUUUUAAAAAACAAAGACACAAUAAGCGUUAGAAAUUUAUUUGGUUGCUUAAAUACUGUCCCACAACAUCAUGGGACGCAUGUUUUCAAUUACAAAGCAAGGCCUUGGCAUAAUCCUUUUUUUAUUUUCUCUGAAGUUGAAUUAGCUCUUUCCUAGCAACUCCUUAUUCUAAUUUAGUACCUGUCAAACAAAACUGGAAUCUAAAGAGACAAUAAAGAGAGUAGCUAGAGUUUUGUUGUAAUACAAAUUUGUAAAUUAUUAACGUGAAAGAAGGAGCAAGAGGCUCACAGUCAAAAUAUGCUUGCACAACAUUCACUGUAAAUAUUGUGAAUUGAAUUCUAAAAGGUCAUAUUUAAUAUUAAAAAAGACACACUUAAAGACUGACUAAAUAAACAGGUGUCACAUACUCCAUG